AUGGGCCAGAAAUUCCAGUACGACGAGAGCGGGGGCACGUUUUUCUACUUCCUUUUGUCGUUUUUAGCUUUAAUUUUGAUACCGGUUACCAUAUUCUACUGGCCUAGGAAAAAGAAACGCGAUCCGGAAGAAGAGAAAAGACUCUGCCACUGUCCGCCGUGCCUCGUCAAACGUGAACACCAAAAAAACGCCGAACCAUGGAGAGGCACGAAAAACGCCAUAACAAAAAUAGUGAUAAUUUUCGGCUGGAUAAUGCUGGUCCUUUUGGCCUACAAAGUAUCCCAGUUCGACUACGAAAUGGCCAACUUCGAUCCGUACGAAAUCUUAAAAAUUUCUCCCGGAGCCGGCCAGGCCGAAAUCAAAAAAGCCUACAGAAAAUUAUCGUUGAUUUUGCAUCCAGAUAAAGAUACUGGUAAUGAAAAGGAGUUUAUGAAACUUUCAAAAGCUUAUCAGGCUUUGACUGAUGAUGAAGCAAGGAAAAAUUGGGAAAAGUAUGGGAAUCCAGAUGGGCCUGGAGCAAUGAGUUUCGGGAUUGCUUUGCCUUCUUGGAUUGUAGAAAAGGAGAACAGCGUUUGGGUUUUGGGGCUUUACGCUUUGGUUUUUAUGGUUGCUCUUCCUAUAGUUGUUGGUACUUGGUGGUACCGUAGCAUAAAGUUUACCGGCGAUCAAGUACUGCUAGACACAACGCAAAUUUACUAUUAUUUCUUCCAUAAAACUCCCAAUAUGGCCCUGAAGCGAGUCAUUAUGAUUUUGGCCGCCAGUUUGGAGUUUGACAAAAAGCACAAUUCGGAAAUCGAAGAGAGACAAUCGGACAACGACGAAGUACCACAGCUAAUCAAAAAACUGCCAAACCUCAAUGAGAAAAACAAAGAACGCCCCCUAUGUCAUCUGUACAGUAUUAAAGCGCGCGCCAUAAUUCACGCCCACCUGAGCCGAAUCCCUCUAAACCCCGACACUUUAGAAAAGGACCGUCGCUACAUAAUCGGCAAGUGUCCUUAUCUGAUCCAAGAACAAGUCAAUUGCGUCAACCAGCUAAUCCUAUUGGCUUACGCACGCCGAAUCAAAACCCUCCCGAACAUCGAAACAAUUGAGAAUUGCAUGAAACUUUGUCCUAUGAUUGUGCAAGGCUUGUGGGAAUUUAAAUCGCCCUUGUUGCAAUUGCCUUACGUCAACGAUGACAAUUUGAAGUAUUUUAUGUCAAAGAAACGUCAAAUUAAAACGUUGCAGCAAUAUGCUCAACUAAAAAGCGAAGACAGGAGAGCCUUAUUGCGCAGCCUCAGUGAUGAUGAAUACGAAAACGUCAUGAAAGUCCUAGGCAAAAUGCCUCAUUUAGACUUUCAAAUAACUGUUGAAGUAAUGGACGAUGAAAAUCCUACUGAAGUGACAGCGGGUGCUAUUGUAACUGUCACUGUCAGCUUGGAACGUAAAGAUAUGGCAACAUUGUUUGAUGAUAAUGAGGUGCAACAAGAUUUUGAAGAAGUUGUAGAGCAUCAGGAAGAGGGCGCUGCUGAUGGCGAUCAGCUAGAAAUUAUUAAAAGGCCUGCUUGGUUGAAGCAAAAACAGAAACGAGGUGGCGGUAAAAAAUCUAAAAAAGUCACCACCAAUAAUAGUAAACCCCCACCAGUAAAACCAGCAGCUAUUAUUGCAAAAAAAGUUGAAGAUUCUCCUAGUUCAAUCAAAGCAAAACCAAAACCAGAAGACGAUAGUGCAGACGAUUCUGGCCCAGAAGAAUCUUCAGACACAAACCAAGAAAAAUCGUCGGGCGAUGAAAGUACCGCUCAAAAAUCCAUUCCGGAGGACGACGAUCAAGAGUGGGAACGGUUCCGGAAGAUCCACGAGCGGGAAAAGUCGCUCGAGGGUAAAAUGAAAUCGUCGCAUCCGGUGCACUGUCCGCACUUUUCGCACGACAAGCAAGAGUACUGGUGGACGUAUAUUUGCGACCGGAAGUCAAGGACGUUGUUGACGGCUCCCUAUCACGUUACUGGAUUGGUCGAACACGAGACUGUGCAUUUAAAGUUUACGGCUCCAAUAUGGCCGGGCGUCUACUCGUUCACGGUGUGCCUGAAAUCGGACUCUUACAUCGGCUUCGAUCAGCAGAAAGACUUUAAGUUGGACGUCAAAGAGGCGCCGGCCGAAAUCACCAAACAUCCGCAAUGGGAGUUCGAGGAUUCCGAAGAGGAAAAUCCGCUGGACAAGGCCGAUCAAGAGUCCGAGUACACUACGGACGAAGAUCUGCCCGAGGACGAAGACUAA